GCGAGCGAGGCCGCCCGCGCCCCCUCCGCGCCGGGAGCGCCCGAGAGCCGCGUGUCCCCGCUCCCGCAUUCCGCCGCGCGGAAGGGAUGGCGGGCGCGGGCGCGGCCCUGCUCGCGGGGCUGCUGGCGAGGCUGGCGCUGGUGCUGUACGGGCUGUACCAGGACCGCGCCAUGCGGGUGCGCUACACCGACGUCGACUACCGGGUGUUCACGGACGCGGCGCGGCUGGUGACCGAGGGGCGUUCGCCCUACCGGCGGGCCACGUACCGCUACACGCCGCUCCUGGCCUGGCUGCUGACGCCCAACGUGUUCUUCGUCGAGGCUUUCGGCAAGAUGCUCUUCGUGGCCGGGGACCUGGCGGCUGCUGUCGUCGCCUACCGGGCCCUGCGGCGCCGAGGAGCCGCCGCCGGCCGCGCCUGCGGGUGCUGCGCCGCCGCCUGGCUCCUCAACCCCCUGCCCAUGGCCGUGUCCAGCCGGGGCAACGCGGAGGCGCUGGUGGCGCUGCUGGUGCUCGCCACCCUGUACUGGGUGGAGACGGGCAGCGUGGGCAAGGCCGCCGUGUGCUACGGGCUGGCCGUGCACAUGAAAAUUUAUCCCCUGACCUACGCGCUGCCCAUUGCGCUCCGCCUGCGCACCAGGCCGCGCCGCGGGGAAGGGCCGCUGGAUGCGGGGGGUAACAAAACAGCGAAGUUCACGUUCAUGGCGCGCCUCUGGCACCUUUUUAUAAAGAUGCUGAACUGCGACGUGCUGCUCUUUGGAACGCUUGCCGGAUCAGUGCUGGCUGCCUUGACUCUGGCAUUUUAUCACCUCUAUGGCUGGGAGUUUUUGGAGCAUGCCUACCUCUAUCACUUGACCAGGAGGGAUAUCCGUCAUAACUUCUCUCCCUAUUUCUACAUGUUGUACUUGACAGCAGAGAGCAAAUGGAGUUUUGCCCUUGGGCUCGCAGCUUUCCUGCCCCAGCUGCUUUUGCUCCUGGUUGUGUCCAUAGCAUUCUACAGAGACCUUGCCUUCAGUUGUUUCCUACACACCACUAUUUUUGUGACUUUUAACAAAGUAUGCACAUCCCAGUACUUUGUUUGGUAUCUCUGUCUUUUGCCCCUUGUAAUGCCUAGUAUUAAGAUGUCCUGGCGUCGGGGCGUGCUGCUUCUUCUUCUGUGGUUCAUCGGACAAGGGCUGUGGCUUACUCCUGCGUACUUUCUGGAGUUCAAAGGAUAUAACACUUUCUUAUUUAUAUGGUUUGCAGGCUUGCUUUUCCUUUUAAUUAAUAGCCUCAUAAUUGUUCAGAUUAUUUCACAUUAUCAAAAAGAAGCACAAGUUGCAAAAAAACUGAAACAAUGGUAAUAAACUGACCAAAAUCCAGAAACAGCCCUACUGUCCUUGAUAAGGCAUCACGUAUCACCAGCCCUUUGUUUAACAAAAGUGCGUGUAAGUUGUACUAAAGCACUUUGUACGUAAAUGUUACUGUUUCAGGGCUGUGACAGCACUGAUUGGCCUCAGUUACCUUGAGCAGCCCCAGUCCUGCCCUGAGCAGUGUCAGCAGCUGUACCUGUCUUCUGUAUGGGUCUUGAAACUGUGUUGCAACCCUCUCUCCAGCACUGCCUCCAGUUCUGUGUCCUCCCUGGAAUCCCUGGAAAUACCCUGGACCAGUUCAUCUCUUAAGCAUGUUUGGGGCUCUGAUGAAUGGGCCCUACCCAUCUGUACUGACUGUCUUCACCUGCCGUCUCCAGAGACAGUGUGACUGUGCCCUGCUCUUUGACCCCUGUACUGGGGUCACGCUCAGUUCCUGCUCAUACUCCCUCAUGGAGUAGCCCUGGCACCUUUUUCUUCAUUCUCCAUGCUAGUCUGCUUGAGGACCUUGGCCUUUGUCUAGAAUAACACAGAAGAUUUUAAAGGUUGAAGUGCCCAUUGAAAUAAAUGUGUCCCACCUGCAGAAAUUUUUCAUGUUGCGCUGAAACCAGCCCUUAAGCACAAAGUACAAGAUGUGAAAGAGGAAGGGAAAAGAAGAAUCAAGAAAACUAACAUUUUUGCCUUGCAUUUUACACUGCAGCCUAUUGUCCAAAGACUCAUGACUGGAUUCUCAGGUGACUUCAGGCAAAGCUCAGAAUUUAACAAUGAUUUGCUUUAACAUUUAUAAAUGAAAUUACUCAAAUAACAGGGUAAACAAAAAUAUAAUACUAUUUCAUUCAGUUUUAGUUUGAGGAUGCUGAAUUACCAUCUAUGACACAAUGUACUUUGUCCUUAAGUUUAACUUUCUUGUGUGUUACUUGCACUGUAUUGACUCCUGUAAUAGUAAAGACAUCAAUUAGGUGUGCUAAACGGAGCUCAUCUGUUACCUUUUUCAAAGAAACCAUGAAGCUUUUGUAUUUAACAGCAAGGGGAAACUCCAGCAUUUUUCAUAACAUUGUAUAGAGAAAGUAAAUGUUAAAAGAGAGUAAAUUAUGAGCAAAUGGUUUGCUUUUUUUAUCUGGGAAGAGUGAGUCAUCUACUUCAAAAGGGCUGCAGAAAUACAUGGCAAACACAGGGAACCUCUAAAUAUAUGAGGUUUUCCAUAUACAUUUGCCAAAGACAGCUGCAGAAUGCAUGUCCUAGUGAUAGCAGCAUUAUGGAAUAGGAUUACCCUGAAUUUAGGACAAACCUUUUACUCAGACUGAAACCCAACCACUCAAGCAAUUUGCUUGCUUAAGGGCAUAUUUUUGUGCGCUAUAUUCACAAGCCCAAACAUUUACCUGCACGUACAGAAGCAAAAAGAAAAGUCCCAGUCAAUACACCUUUGAAUAACGUUUUUCAGAGCUACCCUCAGCAAAACGGGUUCCUUAGAUAUUUCUUAUAUUUAGCACUCAGAAUCUCUAGCGACUCUAAAAAUGAAUUACGUAAAUUUUGAUGCAUAUGGAAAAUUAAAUAAUAUGCUGCAGGGAUCUUGAGGUGUAAUAGACACAAUAAGGAACCAACUAAUUAUGUAUUUGAAGGUGUACAUUCCACCAGUAUCCUCAUGUUUUUCAUUAUAAAAAUCUACACUAGUCACAUUUGUGUAGGAGACACGUUUCAGUCUUUAUGCAGGAUGAAUGAAGUCAGAGACCUACAUUUUGUACUAGUAAAAGCAUCGGAAAGAUAAAAUUUUUUCUUGAUGCAGUACCAUUGUUUUGAGCGUUUUUUAAAUUAUAUUUCUGUUAAGACAUUAAUGAAUUGAUGCAAUAAAUCCAUGCAACUGUUACAUGCAUUUUUAA